AUGAACUUCUCUGAUCAAAACAAGCUUGGUGAAGGAGGGUUUGGUGUUGUCUACAAGGUAAACUACUAAGUUAAAAUCGUUAUUUAUUUUGUCAUGAUAUUCAAUCUGAUCCUUAUGAACCUUCUAAUAGGUUCUAAGUUAGUUAGUCAUACUUAUGUUUCUUCUUAGACAACUAUUGCAGUCUAGAUCUAAUCUAGGGCAGUAUCAUCUCAGCAAAGACCGCAUCCUCUGCAAAUUUUCAUUGAUCCAAGGUCUCUACAUUGCACAUUAACUGGUAUUCAUAUCAUUAAAGCAGGGUGUGUUGGAAGAUGGGCAAGUAAUAGCAGUGAAGAAACUUGUAACAAACUCUGGCCAAGGAAUAGGAGAACUUAAGAAUGAGGUUGCCCUAGUGGCCAAACUCCAACAUCGUAAUUUGGUAAGAUUGAUGGGUUAUUGCUUACAAGCGCAAGAGAAGCUAUUAGUGUACGAAUAUCUGCCGAAUAAAAGCCUCGAAAAAUUUUUAUUUGGUAUGCUUCUAAACAUUGUGAUUCUUUCUAUUCUUCAAAAUACAACAUCCCAUCAGUUUGAUUUAUCAUUAGCCACUCACUGUUUCCUUUCAUGGUAGCGAUGAUAUAAAUUUCUGCAGGGUGUGUUUCAAGAUGCACAUAAUGUGUACCUAAUCAGGUUAACUUUGCAAUGUAGAUCCAUUUAGAUCCAAGGAACUGACCUGGGAGAUGAGGCUGAAGAUCAUUGAAGGAAUUGGGCGGGGACUCCUCUAUCUUCACGAGGAUUCUCGACUAAAGAUUGUCCAUAGAGAUCUUAAAGCUAGCAACAUAUUGUUGGAUGAAAGGAUGAAUCCGAAGAUUGCUGAUUUUGGCCUCGCCAGGCUAUUUGAUAAUGAACAAAGUUAUGGAAAUACAAAUCAAAUUGCUGGAACACAGUAAGUUUACACAACCAAUAUAUGAACAACUUCCAUAUUAUUUACUGCUUUUGGUACAAGUUUAAUGGUUUCAUAUAUUUGCAUCCAUAUACAUACAAGUGUCAGCUGACUGAACCCAAGUAGAGUUAGUCCAUGGUUAGAAGAGAGAAGUGUAGGAAAUGAGCUCAAUUUAGGGUGUAUACUAGAGUAGUUCGAUAUCAGAGGGAGCUCUCCUUUGUUGUGGUAGCUAUGAAACAGAAGCGAGAGAAGGGUAUCUGCAUAGGUGUUGUGAAGAAGAGUAGCAUUGCGUGUACGAGAGAGGCAUCUUCCAUGCAUUUCAUACCAUCUGACACUACCCUCACGAAUGUAAACAACUGUUGGAGCCGCUGGCAGUCGUAGACUGCCAGAAGCGCCACCGGUGGUGAGAGAGCCAUCGGCUUGUGAACGAGGAGAGAGAAGAGGAAAGGGCAAAUAGAAUAGACUAAUAGUAUUUAUGCCUGCCCGAUAAGAGUGAUCAGAUCCUGUUUGGCGUAAGUGAAACCGAUUAACCGGAUGCGACUCUCCCUUGAAUGGAAGUAUAUAAAUACAAAAGAUAAGCGAGUUAUUACACAAAUAAAAGAGGAUUACGGUAAAUGUGUAAUCUCUCAUUCUCCGACAAUAACUGUGUGAAAUCAUAUUAACUUUGUCAAAGAUCAUGAUCAAUGUGCAUUGGAUAACUUUCCAUCAUCAGAAAUGCUAAAACAUGUUCAUUUACUGGUGAAAGUGGCUACAUGGCACCGGAGUACGUGAUGCAAGGGCAGAUCUCUACAAAAUCAGAUGUGUACAGCUUCGGCGUCCUACUUCUGGAAAUAGUGACAGGCAAAAGAUGUGCCGGCUACUAUGGCUCUGAUCCUCCAACCGACCUUAUAAGCUAUGUAAGAGUCAUCAUAACCUUUCAAACUACGUUCUGUGUAUCUACUUUGACGCCCUUCUGUGAUGAGCUUCUCGAUAAUUUUACUAUAUCCGGCAUAUUUAUAUAGAUUUGGCGGCAUUGGGAGGAAGGGAACCCAAUACAAUUGCUCGACAGAGGCAUAUAUGAGGGUUGUUCAGCGGAAGAAGUGUUGAGGCGCAUCCACAUCGGACUACUGUGCGUCCAACGUGACCCACUGGAGCGCCCGAGUAUGUCCUUGGUGGUCGUGAUGCUCAGCAGUCACUCAACAUCUCUCCCGACCAUAUCCCCCUUUCCAUGCUUCACCGAUGUGAGCACGAGUACCAGUGAAGACCCAGGAGUGACCAGCAGGCCAACAGGCAUACCCUCCAUGCCCUUGCCCUUGAUAAAUGACGCAUUGGCGAUCAAUUCAGACAUCACAACAUUGGAACCUCGCUAG